AGAUAAGCACAUAGAUGCUAUAGUAAGAAAGAAGCCAAGAUUCAUUAAAAAAAAUAAAACCAAGAUUGUCUAAUCUUGGUGCUUAAUUAAAGUACUUAACAAUGGUGCAAACCAUUUAGGGAUAUUAGAGAUUUUGACAUUUUAAACAAUGUGGACUAACAUCGAUAAAUAUCAUGAAAGCAACUUAAGCUAACUUUUUUUUUCUUUGUUUAGUGGUGGAGUCCUCUAAUGUUCACUUUGUAACAACCACAAACAAAAUGCCAUGUCCUAAAGAACAAGCUCUUCUUAAACUCUUCAACAAUGUCUCAACUUCUUUGCAGCUUCUUUUCUUAGUCCUAUUUUCCAUUGCCAUUUUUCUUGUCACAUUCUUAACCUUCACUGGUAGAUUCCCCUUAAUCCAAAGAGAUCAACAGUAUGAAUAUGUGUAUUCUGAUGAUGAAGAAGAUGAAGAAGACGAAGAAGCCCCAGAAGAGUAUUCUUGUGUCCAUUCUUCUGAUAAGGAAGAGCGUCAAAGGACUCAUUCUGAAGAAUUCAUUAGCCCACGAGAGAGCUUUGUGGAAGGAUCAGAAGAAAAUGAUUGUUCCGAAACAUUGUCUAUGCAUCAAUCGCCGCAAGUUUCUGACUUCGAAAAUAAAGAGGUGGGAGCGUUUCAAGAAAACUUUCAAUCAAGAAAUGUUGUUGAUUCUGUUCCAAAUUAUGUUGAAUUUGAAAGCAGCCCCACCUCUUCCAUGAUCAACCUGAACCUAUAUAAAAGUAACAGACACCAUAACGAUGAUCAAGUUGGUCAUGGAAUUAUUAAAAAUAAAAAGGUGCAAGAAACAAGCCACUCAAGGGAUGAGAGAUUCUUUGUUUUUGCUUCUAAACAAUUGAACAGUAAAAAGUUGAUUGUUGAUGAAGAGAAAGAUGAUGUUGAUGACUUUGUCUACUCCUCUUCUGAAUGUAGAAGUUCCACUCAUUGCAGGGAAUCAGAAACUGAAGAUGAAUUUUCUACCUCAUCUAGAAGAAGUUGUCCCAAGUGGGAAUCAUAUACUUUGUUCCAAAGAUAUGAUGAAGAUAAUGCAUUCUUAGAAAGAAUUAGUGCACGAAACAAACGUCAUGAAACUGAGUCUUUAAGAUCAAUUCAAAUGUCACCAAGAUCAAUAUCAGAGCGAAUUGCGAACAAGCUUUCAAGUAUAAACAAAAAGCCAACUGAUGUAGGUCACAAUCCAUAUAGUGAACUAGAGGCUGCAUAUGUUGCACAAAUUUGCUUAACAUGGGAAGCACUUAGCUGGAACUACACAAAUUUCCGUUAUAAACAUGCGUCACAAUCGCGCCACGAUUUUGAUAUCGGUUGUCCGGCCACCAUUGCACAACAAUUCCAGCAGUUUCAGGUUUUGUUGCAGAGAUAUGUAGAGAAUGAGCCCUAUGAGCAUGGCAGGAGACCUGAAAUUUAUGCAAGAAUGAGGCUUCUAGCACCAAAGUUGCUCCUAGUACCGGAAUAUCACGAUUCAGAGGAAGAUCAGAUGGAUAGUGAUUUUCACAGUAAGAUAUCCUCAGCUUCAUUCCUUAAGAUAAUGGAAGGUGGGAUCAGAACAUUCAUGAAUUUUCUAAAGACUGAUAAAGAAAAAUCAUGUCAGAUCCUAACAUAUUACUUUAGGAGAAACAAAAGAGGCAUGGUUGAUCCAACACUACUCAAGCUAAUGAAGAAAGUUAAUCAAAAGAAGAGAGUGAAGGUUAAGGAUCUUAGCCAUUUAGGAAAAGGCUUGAGAAAGAGAAAGUUAAAGGUAGAAGAAGAGAUUGAAAUAUUAAUGGGCCUAAUAGACCUAAAAGUGGUGUCAAGGGUUUUAAGAAUGAAAGAGUUAAGUGAACAACAAUUGCAUUGGUGUGAAAAAAAAAUGAGCAAAGUGAGAGUUGUGGAAGGGAAACUUUGUAGAGAUUAUUCAACUCCACUUUUCUUCCCCUCAAGUUGAUUGAACAAUCACUUUGUAUUAUUUGAUGACUGGAUUAUGUGCAUGACAGCACACAAAAAAAGAAUAUGAUUAUAUGAAUAUAUAACACUCAUCAAAUAACAAACAUGUGGAAGCAUAGACCUUUGGAUCCUUAAUUACAAUGAAAAGGAGGGAUAAAGAUGAAUAUUUAUGUUACUGUGAAGCAUUUUGGAAGUGAAAGAGCAAGAGUCCAGAGCCAGAAAAUAUGACAUGAAGAUACUAGACUAGUGAACUAGCUUGUUUUACCUAGGAGAUUAUGUCAAAUUUGAGCUGAAUAAAGACAAGCAUGGACAAGAUGAAGCUGAAUAAUAUUGGGGAAUAAAAUACACUCCAAGAAUAACAAGCUGAUUAUUUAUUAUUUUACUUAUUUUGUUUGGUAUAGAAACACAAUUUUUGCAUAUUUUCUGUUUUAGAACUUAAUCUAAGAAGAGUUGAAUUUUAAUGGAAUAUGUUGUAAACUACUUUCAUGUUCCUAAAGUAUGGUGCAUAGUACAUUUUUAUCAUCUAUAUUAUUUUGGUUUAAGUUUCAAGCAUCAAUAGAUAUUACACGAUUACACAAUUAUUUUUACAAAGAGAGUGAUUAGUAGAUAUUUAGACGAUUAC